CCUCGACCUAGAUCACCGUCUUCACCACCAAACCACAUCAUUAUACCAACCCCAACCCCCGCACUGCCCAUGGCUUCGAGCUCGAGGUCGGGCGAAAGCCCAGCUUCUGAUCCCAUCAAGAAGCUUGAGGCCGAAACAGAGAUUCUGCGCCACGAGACCGAGUCAUCCCUUGAACAUGCCAAGGAGAUUGAGGAAGAGAACCAACAUCGUCAUACCCUGCUGGUACGCUCACUUAUAACAGGACGUGGUGUCAAAUCAAAUGGCAUCGCAGCUGACUGAGGUGGUCUUUCGUCCUUUCCAGCAACUCCAAGAACAGCAGUUGGCCCCAAUGACCAUCCAUAAACUUCAGGUCCACGGAGCGACGAACACACGAAGAAGCCUCCUAGACCCUAUCUUCAGCCCGUUGGUUAGCGACGCCGCCAAUUCCGGCUCUACACUCGGCGACGUGACGAAUCGCCUGCGCGAUGCCAGCCACAAGCUCGACCGACUCGGAAUAUUCCACCCUUCCCCCCAAAUCUUCCUCAACUCCGCCCAGCAAACCGACCCUUCCUCCACCCCCACAGACGUCGACAUCGACAUUGCCCUCCGCGAACUGCCUCGUUAUAAGUUCAAUGCUGGCACCGACGUAGGCAACGCCGAAGGAAACGCCUACACCUCUCUCCUCUGCCGCAAUCUUUUCGGCGGCGCCGAACUCCUGAAUCUUCACGCCAGCGCCGGAACUCGCACCCGUUCCUCCUACUCAGCCGAGCUCAGCGCCCCCGUCCUCCCCGCCUCCGACUCAGACGGCCGCCUCGCCCUCGAAGUCCUCUCCUCCGCCACAGACCGCCCCUGGGCCUCCCACGAACAGGUCCUCCGCUCCGCCACUCUCCGCUACGCCUUCCGUGCCCCGCGCACCGCCGCCUCCCACACCCUCGAGUACUCCGCCGCCUGGCGCCAGCUCACCUCCCUCGCCGCUUCCGCCUCCCCCACCGUCCGCGCCGACGCCGGCGACUCCUUCAAGUCCUCCCUCCGCCACGUCUUCCACCUCGACUGCCGCGACAACCCCCAGCUGCCCCAGAGCGGCUACGCCGUCCGCUCCGUCUUCGAGCUCGCCGGUCUCGGUCCCCUCGGCGGCGACGUCUCUUUCUCCAAGUCCGAACUCGAGCUCUCCGCCGCCACACCCCUGGCCCCUUCGUGGCUCCGCAACACCUCCCUGGGCGCCGGCCUGCGCCUCGGCAUGCUCUACCCCCUCGCCCCGGGUCUCGUCUCCUCCGGCCGCGGCGCCCCCGCCUCCCGCAUCAACGACCGCUUCACCCUCGGCGGGCCCACCGACGUCCGCGGCUUCGCCUUGGGCGGGCUGGGACCCCACGACGGCCCGGACGCCGUGGGAGGCGACGUCUUCGCCGCGGCCAGCGUCAAUCUCCUCCUCCCCGUCCCGCGCACGGCUCCCGAUUCGAGCUUGCGGUUCCACCUCUUCGCCAACGGUGGCCGCCUCGUCGCCAUGAAAAACCGGGACAAGAACGCAGGCGGAGGCGCCUCAGCUUCGACGGCCGCCGCAGGAGGUCUCGAUGCCGGCUCGGUGGCGCGUGGCAUGUGGGGUGCCGUCAGUGACCUGGUGCGCGGGCCGCCCAGCGUCGCUGCCGGCCUUGGCAUCGUGUACGCCCAUCCCGUCGCGCGGUUCGAACUGAAUUUUAGCUUGCCUUUGAUCCUGCGCCGCGGGGAGGUUGGCACUAAGGGUGUACAAGUGGGCGUGGGCAUCAAUUUCUUGUAAAGGUAGUCUAAGAGGGGACGCUGGAUACUCGUUAUAUUGUUCGUCUGGACGGGGCGACGAUGGUGGUGGAAAGAAGAAGAAAAGAGCUGUGGCAUACGACCUCGACACCGCUUCUAUUUCUCUUCCCUUGUAGGUUUAAGAGGCAUGUCAAGAUAUCCCAUAGGUCCGUUUCAUUCGUGAGAGUUCAGUAUAAUGCACAGACUAUAUUUCACCCAUG